UAUUAUUGACAGCAAACAAAAACAAACAAAAUUAUGUUAAAAAUUUUUUUAAAUUUUUUUAAUAUAUAUUAACAUCAGUUUGAUGAAUUUAUUCAUGAGACUUUGAGGCACUUUGCGAGGAGCUAAUUUGAAUUCAUUAGUAACUUGUUUAUUAUUUUCUUAACUCAUCUGGAAAAAAAAAUUAAAAUAAUAUAGCAAGGUCAGUUUGUUGAUUAGAUAAGAAAAUGCACACGAUACGUUUCACUAUAUUUCUUCAUAAUAUUGCAAAAAGUUUUACAUUCUAUUUGCAAAUCAAUCGAAAUAUUUUAUAAAAGAUUAUAAAAAUGGCAUUAAUAUUGGAAUUAGAAAUGCCAACAAUUGUAGAAAGAUCAUUAUUUACUCCAACUCUUCAAGAAAUAAAAAAUGUUGUAACACCAGCAUUAUCUGAAAAUUUUUCUGAAGUUACUGUUGACAUUGUUGACUGUCCAGACUUGACAAAAGAACCAUUUAAUUUAGCAGCAUCAGGUCUUGAUGGAUCAAAGAAAAUAUUCGAAAUUGGUGGACCAUCAUUUCUACUUCCUUUGGUACAAAGAAAUAAAAUAUAUGACAUUAAAAUGUUGUUAAAUAAAUUGAAUUAUCAUGAUAAUGAUAAAAAUGCUUUUGUUAUUGGUGCUGGAGCUGGUCCAUGGCCAAAAUUUAAUCGUAAUUGUGAAAUGAUGAUGAAUAUUUUUAUGACACCAAAUGAUAUGAAAAACGAAACAAGAAUUGCUUGGGUUGGUGAAAAUAAUAAAUGUAUUUUAGAAAAUAAUAUGAAUAAUGAUACACGUUUUGCAUUACUUGCAAAUCUUUAUUUAUCUGAAGGUAAACCAGGAAAAGUUAUGAAAGUUUAUGCAAAAAAAAGAACUGGUAAUUUAGAUUUUAUUGCAACAAUGCAAAGAGCAUUAUCAACACAUUACAAAGAUAAACUUGUUGGUUUGGGAGGUACAUUUUUGUUAAAACAAGGCAAAGCAAAGCAACAUGUAAUGCCUGAUUUUUCAGCAACUCCAUUGACAACUGAAAAAUCACUUGAUAAUUGGUUGAAUUAUUAUGACAUGUCAGCACCUUUAAUUGCUGUUGGAACAUUUGUCAGUGGUGAAACUGAUCUUGAUUUACGUGUACAACAUUUUCAUAGUUUUAGUAAUCAUGGUGAAGGUGGACAUUAUCAUAUUGAUACAACACCAGAUAUAGUUGAGUAUGUUGGUUAUUUUAAUAUUGCUGAUACUAUUUAUCGUGUUGAUCAACCAACUUCUAAACUUACAUUUGGAAAAGAUUGAGAUGUUUAUUUUACAUCAAUUGAUCUAUCAACAAGAUUGAUGAAUUUUUAAUCAAAUAAAUCUUAUGAUGAUCAUAUGAAAUUAUUAAAUAAUCACAAAUGAAAUUUAUCAAAAUAGAAAAUUAUAUUCAUAAAAAAUUAAUUGUUCAAGUUUCUAUACUUACAAAAUAUUUUAAAAAAUCAAAAACUAUAUUUUUUUUGUUAUUAACAUUUUUACUUUAACCACAAACUAAUAUUUUAUUAUUGAAAAUAAAAAUACAUACUUAAAAAUUCA